UAUAACAUUGAUUGUAGUAAAUUGCGAUGAUCAAACAUCUAUAUAUAAACUCUUGAAAUUCAAAUUCACACACGUUUAAGAAAUAACAAUAACAACGAACGUUAUUUAUAUUUUGGAGACAUGACAAUACUGAACCAUUUUAUAUUUUAUACUGUUAAGGGAUCUUAAUAAUUCUUAUAUUUUGGAAUGGGUAUCGGAGCUGGUAGCGGUGAAGGCCGAGGUCAAGGUCAAGGCAAAGGUCAAGGUCAUGGAAUUACAGACAGCCUCUUCGGAGAAAAAAAAUUGAAAGUUGUCAAAAUUGUGGUUGUACUUAUUGUCUUCGUCUUUUUCGGCCUAAAUAUCGCCAAGAUCGUCAUGGGGGCUAUUUACCUAGACGAUUGUCCUAUACAAAAGCUAAUACCUAUAUACCUAAUCGUUGGAGGAGUCGUCCCAUUUCUAUUCGCGACCGUCUUCUCUAUAAUAGAGAUGUAUUUAAAGAAAGAUUUCCCUGAUUCUGAAGAGAAGAUGGGUAAGAUACGAAAAGUGUUGAAAGCGAUAGGGGUUAUUGCAUUUAAGUUCACCAUUGCGUGGCUAAUCUGUGGUAUGUAUCAAAUUGUGGUAAAUGCUGAUCUGUUGUAG